AUGAAGGAACACAUCCCCAGGGCCCUCGUCCUAACCCUCCUCACUGCAUCAUCAACCGCCCAACUUUACCCCCUCCAAUCCCCCCUCAAUCACACCUGCCAACUCCAACAACCCCUCCUAUCCUGUCCCUCCCAAGACGCCUCCAAGGUAGAUUCCUGCUGCACCGAAACCUUCGGCGGCCUCCUCCUCAGCACCCAAUUCUGGAACACCUACACGGGCCUCGAAUCCACCGGCCAAUACCUCCCCAAAGACACCUGGACCCUCCACGGUCUCUGGCCCGACUUUUGCAACGGAAGCUACACCCAAUACUGCGACUUGAAUCGCCAGUACGAUCCUAUCCCUUCACCAAACACGACCAACGGUCUGCCCAAUGGAACAGCCGUUCUACCAUACACCGGACCCAACAUUGAUACCUUCCUCGAGCCCUUUGGCCGGUACGACCUGCUAGAAUACAUGUCCACGUACUGGGUCGCCUGGCAGCAAGACAACGCCGGCUUCCACGCGCACGAAUUCUCAAAGCACGCCACGUGCUUUUCCACCUUCAAUGUUCCGUGCUACGGUCCGCUGUACCGCCAGCACGAGGACGUUGUGGAUUUCUUCGAGACGACGAUCAAGUACUACAAGAGAUUUCCGACGUUUGAGUGGCUGGAAGAGGCCGGGAUUACGCCGUGCAAUGGGUCGACGCGGUAUUCGUACGAGGAGGUCAGAGACGUGUUGGCAGAGAGGCAUGGCGGCGUUCCGUUUUUGGGGUGCUCGGGACCGAGGUUCAAUGAGACGGCUGCUGGGAGGAAUAGUACGGAUAGGGGAUUUACGGUUUUGAAUGAGGUGUGGUAUUAUGAGCAUGUCUAUGGUCGCCCUCAGGAGGGAAACACGAUUCCUGUUAAUGCGUCGGCGAGUUACCUGACCAACUGUGCGAAGACAAAGGGCGCGAUUUUUUACCCGGAGCGAACGAAUGGAUCGGAAAAGGUUCCUACGGUUCCGUACUAA